AUGGACGAUUCUGAGCCCUUUUUGCCGGCGAAAAUCGAAGCAUCUGAAGACGAUUAUCGCCCUCUAAAUUGGCUUCUACCACGACGGCGGGCAACCGACAGAAUUCUCAAGUCGGCAAUGACGUCUCACCUGGCCGUCUUUGUGGCGACCACGCUCCUGUGGGGAGGCAUCUUCCUUCUCACGGCACACUUCUCUCCAGCAGUGGUCUCCCGCGCGGAGAUGGCUUCGAACACCGGUGUGGGUAACCCACUGCCAGCGCACACCAACCACGUCGGCAAGCUGUUGGCCAACGAGAUCGACUACUUGACGUGCGGGGCCACUCGCGAGGAAGCCAGAACUCGGGGCUGUAUCUACGACACGCUCAGCAACGCCUGGAUCCCCGGCCAGUGCCGGGAUGACUUCUCGGUCAUGGAGUACGAGCUCGACGAGUCAUGGUACCCGUUCGCCGACGUGAACAGGACGCAGCCCCUUGGCAAGGAGGAGUUGGGUGAUCUGGAUUUCUACUACACCUCGCUUCGGGAUCACAUCGUGCACUGUGCAGCGCUGUGGCGGAGGCAGUUUCGCGCGUUCUCGGAGGGCUGGCGGUAUCUCGACGACGUGCUGGUGGACCCGGUCCAUACGAUGCAUUGCUCCAAGUACCUGGUGGACUGGACGGAUAAAUUCGAAAACGAAUAUCGGACGACGGCCAUCAAGGUACACGUCGGCCAUGUGGGGUGUCAUGUAUUAGCCUGA